AUGGAGCAAGAUGGAUCCGUGGUCACUUUGGAUGCUGAAAUUCUGCAGCCUUUGCCUGACAAGAUGGCUGAUUAUCUUUCAGCGAUCAGCAACAUUCAUGAACGGUUGAACUGUUUUCUGGACAGGCAUGUUCUGGAUGCAGCCAUGAAUGCCAAACAGGGACAGCAAGUCUUUGUGGAACUAGACCAUCAGACUUUCUCUGGUACCAUCUGCUACAUUGGGAAGGUUCAUAGGAGCCCUUUACCAUCUGGGCUCUGCCCAGUUUACUUUGGUGUAGAGCUGCAGGUGAGGCCAUUUAUGGAGGUUGUAAUUGUCCUGAAUUUUUACGGUCUGGUCUGUAAUUAAAAUUAGGCUUUGAAUGCUUAAAUAGGCUAUAUAAAUACUUUCUCAGUAAUCCAUAAGAGAAAAGUACAUUGCCUUGCAUGUUAGGUCUGACUCUCUUGUUUUGAAGAGCGAAGUGCUUUGCUUAGUUCACAUGAAAGAAGGAGAAGCAUUAAAUGCUUUCUUUGGGCCAGCCAGUUCAAAAUGUCUCACACAAGCUUUUGAGAUCCACAAAACCUUUCCUCAGGCUGCAUGGUUUCAGAGAAGGAAAAAGACAUUAUUUUCUGGCUAAGGCAUAAUAACAUGCUCAUUUUAAUCUGUUUCUUGCCAAUCUCUUUUGGUUACCAUGAAGGGAGUAAGAUGGAAUUAAUGCAACCACAUUAAACAGAAGUCACAUGAUGGAAGUUUUGAGUUAAACAGUACAUGAAAAAUGUGCUCCUUUGGGGCAAUGGAAAUGGAAAGCUAGAAGUAAAUUUAGUAAGUUUUAAUGGGGCGAUUCCUGAAUUUUAUUCAGCUGCAUGCUUCCUGUAUGGUUUUAGGCUUUAUGAUACUACUACAGUGCAGUUUUUCUGAGGGAUGGGAAGCUGUCCUGCUCCUCUGAAGGGUAUACUUUGGUUCCUACAUGAUACUCACAUACUUGUAGCAGAAAUGGGCUAUUCUCUUGUGUCCCCUUUGUUCAUAUCCUGAGCUGUUAUAACAUAACCUAUCUGCUGCUUCUCCAGGGUGACGGUGAAGGCAAAGGCCACUGUGAUGGUACCUACAAUGGGACAGAAUACUUCAAGUGUAAAAAGGACUGUGGCCUUUUCCUCCCAUGUAACAAACUGCAGUUUGUAUCAGCACCAGAGAAGGGCAUGGCAAAGCAAGAGGGAAAUCCGGACGCAGUUGGGGCAUCUCCAGUGAAAGUGGGGGAUACCAUCGGCUUCUAUUUGGAUGAUGCCUUCAUGCGAGGGAUAGCAAUGGAUGUAUUCAAGGAGGAAAAGACCUGGAUGGUUAAAGUGUGUCCGGUAAGAAAGUCAUCACCAUUCUGAUUAAAUCCUUCUGGAGGAGGCAUUCAUUGACACAGUAAUGUCCUGAAAAUAGAGAAUGAUGAUGCCCCCAUUUUGGAGUUGCGCCAAAAAUAGCUAGGAAGGGAAAUAAUGCAACAGGUCUCCUCUGCCAGUUGAAACUGAUAAAUGCUUGCUUGUCCUUAUCUGGGCAGAUGGAUAAAAUGGCCGGGUCUGCACAUAACACUAAGCCAUGGGUUGCUAUAAUGUACUGUGAUAAUAUUCUUUAUUAGUUUUCAAUUACAAUCCAAUAAUAGCCUCAUUAUAACAAUAACAAUUUAUAAUACAGUUAUUAAUGCCAAUCGUUCAAAUGCCGAAUUAUAUAAUUUAGAUAAGGUGGCCCCCUGCAUGCUAGAAUUGAUGGCUUGAUUAUUUGCUUUAUUUCUGUCUUCAAAAUCUUAUUAAUUUCCAUUACAUUCCAGUCAUAAUAAUAAUCCCUUAUAUAACAACUGCAGUACAGUGGUACCUUGGGAUGUGAAUGGGAUCCAUUCCGGAGCUCCGUUUGCAUCCUGAAUAGAACGUAAGACGCAACAGCACGUUUGCGCAUGCACAGGUCGCGUUUUGCCGCUUCUGCACAUGCGCGUGACGCCACCCAAGAUGCUCACCAAAGAAGCAGCUAGAAAACAAUCUAAGCUUUGAAGAAACAAGCUGUGGUUGUCUGUGUGACAGCUUGUGGUUUGUUAAACAAACCAUGGCUUGGUGUGAACGAAGCCAAUGAUAUCCAUGGUGCAUAUGUAGCUUAGUAGUAGCUCACAUACUUUGUAUGUAAAACUUCCAGGUACAUCCUUAAAUUUUCUACUUCAUUUAUUUCAUAAAUUAAUACACUGCUUGAUUGUUUAAAAAAACCAAAACUCAAAGCUGUUUACAGAGAGAAUAAAUCAAUAAAUUAUCAGUAAGAAAAUCCAUAAAACAACUUUGUAAAUCAUUCAAAGCAUAAAAUCAAGAAUAAGCUAAAAACAGAUUAAAACAUACACCCACAUUCUAUUUUGGUUUAUAGGAGGAAGAAGGAUCAGAAGAUGUUUUUCGCGUUAUCCCCAUGGACUCUGUGGUUAAAGAGGAGCUGCUUUCCCCAGGUGACUCAGUAGUCUGUGGUAGCUUUGCUUCUCCAUUUCUGGAGGACCAGAAAUCUUCCUGGUUCUACUGUAGCAUUGGGGUUGGAGUCUAUAAAGCUGCUACUGAAAACAAUAACAUGCACACCAACCACCUUUGUAGUCUGCCUUUUUCAUCAAAUUAUAAGACACAUAGGGUAUAUUUUUCUGUGUAGCACUCCUCUUAAAACAUUGAGGCACCAAGCAUUCUUGAGUGCCUUGCUGAAGAAUGCACGAAGGGAGAAGUGAAAAUGAGAAGGCACUUUGUUGUUUGGAAGGAACCCAGGCCUUCUGAUUGCCCUGCACCAACCAGGAAGAUUUUCUGCUGAAGCAAAGGUGCAUUUCAACACUGAUGGGUAGAAUGCAGAGGUAAACAUACCUAGGCACCCCAUUCCUUUAGUAGCAGAAAGUUAAGUGCAUUGCAGAGUGUAAGUGAGGGUUAGCCUAACUUCCUAACCCAAAUCAGGUCUUAGGUUGCUAAAGAGAAUACUAAACAGCCAGACCAGCAAAAUGGCUAUGUCGCUCAUAAAUUCCUACUCUUCAGCUCCCACCCAGUGUCUUCAACAGCAAAGUAAUAAAACGGCAUCAAAAUGUUAAUUACAAAAGUCUGUCUGGCAUAAUACAUAUGUGUUGCCUUUCAGGCUUUGAAGUGGAUGCUGAUAGUGGGAUCCAGGACCAGCCUAAGCGUAAGAGAAGUGAGAGUGCAGAGGAUCUGGAAAGCAAGUCACCCUCCCUUGACGUGAACUCAGUGGUACGGAUCAACCUGGACAAGGGGAACUCAGUCACGGGAACAAUCUGUUGGAUUGGCUGUCUGCCUGAAAAUCGGCAGAAAAUGGCUGGAGUUGAGCUGGUGAGAGUUCCAUCCAUGCAUCCGUUCACUGUCUUUGACAUCUCUAGCUUCUCCUUUGGCGAUCCCUCGUAGCUGAGUAAGAUUGUCUGCCAUGAACAGGGUCUUAACAGUGAGUCCGUAAAGGACUGUGGAGGCCAAUUCUGGAUCCACAUGUCCUUCGACAGUGAGGACAUAGGUUUCUGGGUGGGAGUUGAUCCUGGUGAGGGUUUGCCAAGCAUUCCUUCCUCUUGGCACGUUUCUCCCUUGCGUCCUGAGUUCAAGUGUCUUCGAAGCCCAUGACACCUUUGGUAAAGAAUGUUCUCCAAUUGGAGCACUUGCAAGCUGGUGUUCCCAGUUGUUGGUGUUUAUACAACAUUUUUUUAGAUUCAUGUUAGUGGGAUCAAGAACUGUAUCACAGAGUUGGGCUAUGCAACGGGUAAAUGGGCACGCAGUUGACAGGACUACUGGAAAUGAAAGCCUGCUUCCCUCUCUAAGAAAUGGGCUACUACCUUUGGGUAGGAUACAGUUUGACUUACUUUCCGCUGUAUAAAACAAGCCUGAAGGAAGCCCCCAACCCACUCACAGGUCCUUGUAUGAUCAGUGGAAACAGUUGGUCCUUGCAAGUUUUAACCAGUCAAUUCCAACCUGAUAAUUGCCGCCUGCCCAGAUUUUAAGGCAUCUGAAUUAAUUUUAAAAUGUAUUUUAAUUAAUUGAUGUCCGUUUUUAUGCAUAUUGUGUUGUUUUUAUGAUGUUAGCCGCUCUGAGCUCGGCCUUGGCCGGGGAGGGCGGGAUACAAAUAAAAUUUUAUUAUUAUUAUAUUAUUAUUAUUAUUAGAGCCAAGAGUCUUGAGGUGGGUAACUUAAUUGCGGCAGUUUGACUCUUAGUCUUUUCGGCAGCCUUUGGUACCACUGAUUGAGAGGUGUUGGUAACUCAACUGCAGGGCCCAAGAGGGAUUUGAGGAGUUCUUGUCUCUGAUAGGAAGAACAGAGAGGAUGGUCCUGGCACAGCUUCCCAUGUGGAAUCCCCCGGAAUUCCCUCUUGUUCCUUUUCCUUGUCCGUGAGACUGCCAGGGGAGAUUCUAACCAGGAUGCUUGCCUGUCUGAGAGAUUUCACCAUCCCACACAGGAUGAAGAUAAGGGCGUUUCUGAUGGUGAGUUGCAGGGGGUGCGCUACUUCACUUGCCCCCCAAAGCGUGGCCUCUUUGUGAGGCUGGAGUCGUGCCAGCCGGACAUGCGCUUCCAGUCCAUCAGCCACACUUCCCCGGAGUCCACAGAGCUGAGUAAGUUCCCUUCCUCCACUGAAGAUACAACGCGGUGAGGAUCAAGUGAUCCAUUUGCAGCUUUCGACCAGUUUCCCCCCGCUCUUUCUCUUGCCCUUCCCAUCAUGGUUUGUUGCAUCACGUCUAAGCUAAAAGAAAAGAGGCAUAUUUUCAGGAGCAGAACGUUAGAGGUGUUUUUAGAAAGAGGAAGUAUCCAUCUGUUUCAGGUGGACUGGAUGCUCCUGCUGUCCUAAGCAACUCGCCCCCUCUCAGGGAUGAUGUGGCCGUGAAUGUCCUGGAAGGGCGGAUGAAGGGGAUACAGGGCCACUGCAAUUCUUGCUACAUGGACGCUGCACUUUUCAGGUAGGUGGGUCUGCUUGCUUCCUUUCCAAACCCCCAUACAAGUGGGUCCCUUUAGGAAACCACGUUAGUUCCGUUUAGUUUAUGGGAAAUAGCCCCCUUUGUGCACCUUCAGGGACUGUGCUUAGAUCCUGAAUAAUUGCGUUUCUCUUCUCAUGGUUGAGGGUCUUUGUAGGGUAUGUGAACUGCACUAUCAAAUUCAGCUUGAUGGGAAAAAUCUAUUCUCUGAGGCUCAUGCUGUUGCUUCGAUUUCUCUCUGUCUCCAUGUCAGUUUUUUGUUUUGUUUUAAUCCACUACUCUGGAGUGUUGCUGCCAACCUAGCAAAGUUACCAAGUGCGUCCUCUCUCACCACAGCCUCUUCUCCUGCACCUCUGUGUUGGAUUCCAUGCUCUUCAAACCCUCCCUCCCACCUGAUGGGCACGUUCAGAACAUCCUCCGGGACAAGAUAGUCAACCCUCUCAGACAGUGAGUAGCUAAAGGGGUGUCCUCCUGACCAACGGGAGCAGUCCACAACUCAGCUCUAUUAUUUGCCUCUUUGCCUAUCUGCAAUUUUUGCAGGUGCAGCUUUCAGUGUCACAUGCUGAAUUCUGCAUCCUCGAAGCAGAGAGGUUCCCCUUCUAUAUAAAAACCAACAAAACCCUCCGCAAAGUUUCUAGUUCCCAUAGCUCUGCAGUAAGCUUCAGAGCCUGGUGAAAUCUAAGAAGCUUAACAGGAUGGACUCAAUGGAUUUCAGAAGCUGCAACUUGGGUUUCUGUGGAGCUCCUUGUUUCUUCCCCCAUUGUGAAGCAGAAUGUUGUUGUUGUUUAGUUGUGUUCAACUCUUCAUGACCCCCUGGACCAGAGCACGCCAGGCUCUCCUGUCUUCCACUGCCUCCCGCAGUUUGGUCAAACUCAUGCUGGUCUCUUCGAGAACACUGUCCAACCAUCUUGUCCUCUGUCAUCCCCUUCUCCUUGUGCCCUCAGUCUUUCCCAACAUCAGGGGAUGCAGAAUAAAUGCUGAAGCAGAAUAAAUUCUGCAAAAUAAACAAAUCUAUAUUAAUUUUAUUUAUUAAUCAGCAGUGUCCCCUUGGCAUUUGGGAUUUUGGGGAUGUGUCAUGCAUUCAUGCAGACCACGCUUUAACGCUUUGUCAGUUUCUUGAAGAGAUGACACGAUUCCCUCCUCUUCUCAGGAAAGGAUUUGUUGCUGCUAGCAAUGUGAUGGACCUUCGACACCAGUUGACUGAGAAGGGAGAAUGUUCCAGCUUUGCCACUUCUGAGAAAGGUGAUUAAUUUCCCCCUCCCUUUGGGGUCUCAUGCUCUGGUGCACUUUGAUGUGCUACUAAGCUAUUCCAGUAUCAGAUCCCUGCUCAGCCACAAACCUGACUGGUGGAAGAGACUGCAGUAGGUCACUGUCUCUCUCAGCCGGCCUAAUCUACCUCAUGGGUUUUUUGUCGGGGAGGGCAGGAUAAAGAUGGAACUGCUAGAAAUCCUUAAUUGGAUUCUUUGCAAGACUACAAUCAAACACCCCGGGUGGGCGUGGUCCUCCUUCCCUUUAAGCUUUUGACAAAAGUUAAAGAACUACCUGGCCAGUUUGGUAUGGCAUCAUAUGAGAGCUGGUAUUUGCUGUGUCAAGCCAAUACUCCUGGCCGUCAUUGGCUGCGGGACAGUGGGGAGUCCUGUAUCCUGCAAUGACAAUGCAAUUCUGGGCUGCAUCAAUAGGAGUAUAGCAUCUAGAUCAAGGGAAGUAAUAGUGCCACUGUAUUCUGCUCUGGUCAGACCUCACCUGGAGUACUGUGUCCAGUUCUGGGCACCACAGUUCAAGAAGGACACUGACAAACUGGAACGUGUCCAGAGGAGGGCAACCAAAAUGGUCAAAGGCCUGGAAACGAUGCCUUAUGAGAAACGGCUAAGGGAGCUGGGCAUGUUUAGCCUGGAGAAGAGGAGGUUAAGGGCUGAUAUGAUAGCCAUGUUCAAAUAUAUAAAAGAGGAGGGAGAAAGGUUGUUUUCUGCUGCUCCAGAGAAGCGGACACGGAGCAAUGGAUCCAAACUACCAGAAAGAAGAUUCCACCUAAACAUUAGGAAGAACUUCCUGACAGUAAGAGCUGUUUGACAGUGGAAUUUGCUGCCAAGGAGUGUGGUGGAGUCUCCUUCUUUGGAGGUCUUUAAGCAGAGGCUUGACAACCAUAUGUCAGGAGUGCUCUGAUGGUGUUUCCUGCUUGGCAGGGGGUUGGACUCGAUGGCCCUUGUGGUCUCUUCCAACUCUAUGAUUCUAUGAUUCUAUGACAGAAGACACAAGUCCCCUGCUUUUUGGCUUCAUUUUCUGUGUGUUCUUGCUCUGUUCUUAAGUGAUGGAGGGGGCUAGUUACCUAUACACCACCCCACCCGCGCCUGCUCUCCUUCGUUUCUUCUUCCACUGUCAGAGGUAGAAAGCCUCCGAAUACCAGCUGCUGAAGAAGAAGGUGCUCUUGUUCUCGAAUCCUAAUUGCGGGCUUCCCGGAAGAGGCAUCUGGUUGGCCACUGUGGGAACAGGACUCUGCACUGAAUGGGCCACUGGCCUGACCCAUCAGACUCUGUUUAUGCUCUUAUUUAUACAAAAGAUUUGCCUGUGUCUGACAACAGCUGGAGAAGAAGGGAGCAGCGUGUCUGAUGUGGCGUUUACUUUGCCCUUUUAGACCCUGAGGAGUUUCUUAAUCUCAUCAUGCAUCACAUCCUUGGGAUAGAGCCGCUUCUGAAGCUGCAGUAAGUUUUCACCCUGAAGAGCUGAGAAAUACGGGCUGCAUGUUUCUGGGACUAGGAAGAAAGAAUCACAUUUCAAAGGAUCUUAUGCCUCAAAGGGAGUUGAUGUGGGUGGCUAGUGACUUAAAGUGGUAAAGGGAAGCUGUCAAAAUACCUCUCUGUGGUCAGGGGAGAAGUGGAGAAGGAGGAAAGGGGCAGUGCCUUAGGCCUGGUGGAGCAGGAGUGACUUGUGGCCCUUGAGAUAAUAAUAUAAUAAUAAUAAUAAUAAUUUAUUAUUUGUACCCCGCCCAUCUGGCUGGGCUUCCCCAGCCACUCUGGGCGGCUUCCCCCCAAAAAUAUUAAAAUACUCUAAUACAUCAAACAUUAAAAGCUUCCCUGAACAGGGCUGCCUUCAGAUGUCUUCUAAAAGUCUGGUAGUUGUUGUUCUCUUUGACAUCUGGUGGGAGGGCGUUCCACAGGGAGGGCGCCACUACCGAGAAGGCCCUCGGAGCUGGACCUCAGCGUCCGGGCAGAACGAUGGGGGUGGAGACGCUCCUUCAGGUAUACAGGACCGAGGCCGUUUAGGGCUUUAAAGGUCAGCACCAAAACUUUGAAUUGUGCUCGAAAACGUACUGGGAGCCAAUGUAGGUCUUCUAAGACCGGUGUUAUGUGGUCCCGGUGGCCGCUCCCAGUCACCAGUCUAGCUGCCGCCUAGAUAGUCUAGACUAUCUCCAGCCCCAUCCAGCACUGCUAAUUGUCAUGGAUUUGUAGUUCAGCAGCAACUGGAUGACCCAAAGGUUAACCACCCCUGUGCCAGAGGAAAAUUGCAGGGAGGGGCACCAUUGCUAACUAUUUUUAUUUGGCUAGGGAAUUAGUAUUCAGCUCUACAAGUGUGUAUUGAUUUGAAGUCUAGAGAGCCUCAGGUGUUGAUGGAGGCGAACCCAAGCUCUCCAGGUCUCCAGCUGACCUUACUCCAAAGGCGGUGUGUUAAGGGCAGGAGUUUGUAUGCCUGCAGUGGCUCAAAAUGGGGGAGCCUGGCUUCCACCCAGCCGCACCCCCUGCGCCCCAUAGUGCUCCUCAGAGGGAAUGGGGAGGAGCCUAAGAAAUUCAUUUUCCCAUUGCACCGUUGAAACAGCUGCCGUUGCUCUAAUAAUUCCUUGUGUGGGGAGUGGGGUGCAGAAUCUGGAUAGCCGCAGAGGAGUCACCUGCCCAUCGCUUUCAGGUCUGGAAGGCUCAAGGAGCAGGAGUGCUACUGCUACCAGAUAUUCAUGGACAAGCAGGAGGACUUGGUAGUACCCAACGUGCAGCAGCUGGUAGAGCAUUCCUUUCUCUCAUCUGAUCUCAAGCUGGUGGAGGUGAGUCAUUGUGACCCUUUUGGUUGCCGCUUCUCUGUAUUUUAACAUUCUGACCCUACAGAGCAUGACCUGAGCCUGUCCAGGAGGAUAUCUUGGUUAAUGGUGUCAAAAGCUGCUGAGAUAUUGAGCUCGAUCAACAGGGUCGCACUCCCCCUGUCUGUUUCAUGGUCAUCCAUCAGAGUGACUAAGGCUGGUUCAGUUCUGAACCUGAACCCACAUUGUAGGACAUCUAGACCAGGGUUUCCCAAACUUGGGUCUCCAGCUUUUGUUGGACUAAACCUCCCAUUAUUCCUAACUGGCAGGACCAGUGGUCCGGGAUGAUGGGAGUUGUAGUCCAAAAACCACCCAAGUUUGGGAAACCCUGGUCUAGAUAACUGGUCUCAUCCAGGAAUACCAGCAGUUGCCCCACCACCUUUGCCAAGAAUUGUAUUGAACUUUGAGCAGGCACAACUUUCCAUGUAGAGGUGAGGAAAGCUGCCCUGCAGCGGUGCCCUCUUCUACACAGCUCUGAGAUGCAGGAAACUGCUGGGCUUCCCACUGCAGAUCAAUUUGCUAUGUGGCUAUAAGCAGAUAGACUGCCCUUCCCUGACCACCGGCCCAUCCCAGAUUCUGCAUUGUGUGAUUGCUUGGAAACUUCUGGCUGCAGAGCAAGUCCCGAUGAUGUGGCUUCCAUUUCUCCCUCUGCCUAGAUUCCCUCCUGCUUUAUCCUCCAAAUGCCCCGUUUUGGGAAGGAAUACAAAAUGUUCAGCAAAAUCAUCCCCUCCUUGGAGCUGGACAUUACUGACCUGCUGCUGGAUAGUAAGUUAUGGGCAUCCUACGGUAGGGGUGGGGAUGUGGAUGCAAACAUAUUCUAGUUCCCUUUACCUAGAUUUGUCAUCCACUUCCUUGGAGUGAAACGCUGCAAUAGCACUGUGUGAGACUGAUGGCAGUUCAGAGAAUGGAUUCAUUGCUGUGGCCUCUAUAACUGACCCAGGGUUCAUCGGGAACGUCCUGGAAUUAAACAGGGAGAGGUUCUCAUGCCGGUCCAUUCGUGAAGCUCCCUGGCAAAUCCUUCUCCCUCAGCCUAACUUUCAUCAUUGGGCAGUUGUGAUAAUAAGUACAAGGAGCGUUCUUAAGCAUUUUGUAGGUGGUUCAGCUGGUUUGUCAGGAAAGGUCCUGCUGUGCUUCUUUCUCCCUGAGCCUGAUUCAGGACUAGAGGCUGCUAUUAGCCAGGAUAUCUGUGUGAUCUAAACAACAAUAUACCAUUGUGGCUUGGAAGCUGGCCAGAGGAACCACACUAAAGAUCGCUUAGCCAUUUUCGGGCCCAAUUCAUUUCUCAGUGGAAAGUGCAUCCUGUCCUGUAGGCAGGCUCUGAAAGGUUCAAGGUGUGAUCUUUAGUCUCCCACUGUAGGUCCCAGGGAGUGCUUUGUGUGCGGAGCUGUGGCCACUCAGGAAUGCUCAGCGUGCUUCAAAGACAAGAUGUUUGCAGACACCGGAUUGAAGCAGUACUGCGACUCUUGCUGCACUCAGGUACCCCCUUUUCAUUUGUACCAUAGUGGGAAGAAGUUUCACGUCUAAGGCCCCAGAUUCAUGCCUGCUCCUCUUGAGACUUCAGGAAAGGAGUGAAGCAGCCCUUUUCUGUAGAGGAACGCACUGAUGGACUUGGUAUACACCGGAGGGUGGUUAACCAACAGCCUGUGGGCCUUACUUGGCUCCCCAAAAGCAUUCCAGUUGCCCCUGAGGGCCCUCUCCAAAUUUGGUAGCAGUAUUUAUUUGUUUAAAAUGUUUUCAUAGAAUCAGAAAACUUUAAUCAUUUUUCUUCCCUGUGAACAUUCCCUUUGUCCUGUGGGUUCUGCAGGCAUUUCUGAAUGCCCUGGUUAUGGUGGAUGUGGGUUUUCUGAGAGCAAAAGGGACGCUAGGCCACAGUUCCUUGACCGGGGCUUGUGGACGUCCUUUCUUUAAAAGCACAGACCACCUGAUGGCAACAGGAGCUCCAUUCCACAUGAGCCCUCACCCCCCCAUUAGCUUUACUGUCUUGUGGCUGUUUGCAGGCUCACUCUCAUUACCAGCGCAAAGCCCAUCAGCUGACAAAACUGCACAUCCCCGAGGAGUUCUGCAGGGUCAGCCGCCUGGGCAGCCUCCGGGUGCCUCGGGAGAAACUGGAGCUCUUUGCUGUUCUCUGCAUUGAAACCAGUCACUAUGUCUCCUUUGUGAAAUACGGACCAGAGAAGGAGAAUUGGAUGUUUUUUGACAGCAUGGCAGAUAGGCAUGGUAAGUUUGUGUGCUAUUUUAACAGGUGCAUGCAUGCCUCCCCCCCGCAACCCAAAAAAGCCACAAAUGCAUUUAGGGUUGUUGUUUCGAUGUUGGGGAAGGAAGGGGAUUGGCUGAUUUAAUGCAUUUGACUUGCAGGGGUCUGGGACUAUGAUUCCCAUCUUCCCUGGCCAUUGAACACGCUUGAGGCUAAUGAGAGUUGUAGUUCAGCAACAUCCGGAGGACCAAAGGUUCCCCACACCUUGUUUAUAGCAAGGAUGGGGAACCUGUGACCCUCCAAAUAUUGUUGGAUGCCCCAGCUCCUAUCAGCCUCAGCUAGUGGGGCAAAUUGUUAGGGAUGAUGGGAGUUGGAGUCUAGCAACAGCUGGAGGCCCACAAGUUCCCUGUAUCUGAUUUAAAAUGUCAAAAUUGAGUAGCUACACAAAAGCAGUUCUGUGAGCAUAGAACACAGUAGGAAGAGUUAGGUUUGGCAUAAUGUCACAGGGACAGCAAGUAAGUCACAGAGUUCGAAGCUGGAGUUAACUCUUUAUUAGCAAAACAUGAUCUUCACAGACUUGGCUGAGUUUCAGGCCUAGUGAGCACAGCAGCUCAUGCCCUGUAGGUCCUACUGCAUGAAAUCAAUUGCCAAGACUAAACGUCCUCGCCUCCCCACAGGCCUCUUAUGCCACCUCUCCAGGGUUUCUUCCAAGCAAUCAGAGACUGCUCCUGCAUGCAGCCUGCCUAUGCUCCUCCUGUUUCAUACCUCUCCUGGUUCUGGGGGCGGGGAGCUUGUUGCAGAAGGGUGGGGGAGAGACACCUGUGACUCAGCUCUGCCUCUUGGCCCCCCUCAUCCCACUCACCUGCUUCUGCCUCCGAUUCUGGACUCCUUUCUGUCACAGACUGUCCCUGGUCACUAAGCCCCGUUACCCUUUCAGCUUCUGACACCUCCUCCUCCCAGUCUUCUCCCUCUGACCACUCAUCACCGUCCCAUCACCGCUCCCCGGGCUCUGAGCCUUCUUCCCUUGGGGUUCCCCAGCUGGCUCCUCCCGCUAUUCAUCUGUGCCCAACCAGUCCAUGACACAAAUAAUUCCUUGCUUCCUGAAUCAACAAAGUGCUCCUCUUUCAUUUCUUGAAGGGCAGUGAUCUCUCACGAAUGGUACACCCAUCCCAGUUGUGUGCCUGUGCAGUUGCAGAGGUUGACCAGUCCUGGCUGCACAAGGCAGGGGGUUGUUCCAAAUGCACCCAAGGGUCUCACCAAAGGACCCUCUCUUCUGUCGGAAUCUCCGCUACGACCGAGCUGGAAAAGCUCAUCCUCCGGUCGAGUCCUUCGGAAUCUCUUCCGAUGUGAUUAACGACCUGAGCCUUUGAUGAGGCUCCAAGCACGUUUCCUCAUUACGCAAAGUAUCCAGCAUGCAGGGAAGGACAAGAAAAUAUGAGCUACAUUGCUAGGUUUUAUUUCUAACUACGAAGACGGAAAAGAAAAAUACAUGCUCUCUCUGUGAAAGCAGAGAGCAACUGAAACAAAGGAACAGGAAAUCAGUAACAUCACAUCCGUCUCCUGUCUUCUGUGAGACUUCCAACAGCCUGGAAUCUCUGGAAUGCAAAACAGAGUCUUGUGACUCUAAGCACUGCACAGUGGCAUAAACAGAAACUAACAUCUUCCUCUCUUUCCCGCAGGUGAUGAGGACGGCUUCAACAUUCCCACUGUGACUCUGUGCCCAGAGGUUGCCAAGUACCUGGAGAUGCCCGUAGCCACCCUGGCCAUGCAGCAGCCCCGGGACAUGGAAGGAGUAGCUAAGCGCCUCUUCUGCGAUGCUUACAUGUACAUGUACCAAAGCAAGAAAAUGGCACUCUAUAAGUGA